AUGGAUUUCCUGCGCCACAAACGGGGAGGUGGUGGCCACGACGACCUCUCCAAGUGCAAGCAGAUUGCUGAGGCGGUUCGAGGAAGGCCCACUGAGACUCAGGUGCUCGAUGUCGGUGCUGGCACCGCACCCUGCAAGCCCUUCAUUCGGUCCUUGGGCUACACAUACACAGCGCAGGAUGCGAUGGAAUACGCUGGCGCGGAAGGCAUGGCUGGGUCUGUGUUCCUGCAUGGCUAUGCGGACAUCGAUGUGGUGUCGGAUAUCACUGCGAUGCCUUUACCCAACAACUCCUUCGAUGUGAUCAUUUGUACUGAUGUACUGGAGCAUGUGCUUUUUCCACGAGAGGCGGUGCAUGAAAUUGGACGGCUUCUGAAGAGACUGGAGGAAUGGCCUUUUUUCAAGUUCCUUUCGGAGGAGCCCUCCACAACUUACCGCAUCACUACUAUGCUGGUUUUACGCAUUUGUGGUUUGAGAACAUCUCGGCAGAGAUUGGACUGGACCCAGCUUGGGGGUAUCAUUUCGAGACCUUGGGCAAACGAAUCCAACGAUCCUUGCAAUCAGAGGAAUGCCUGA